UUGAAAUUAAAGUGAAAUGGAAAACAAAACCAGAAACGAAGAACUGGUUAUUAAUUGUCUCUCUAAAAGUUCCAUCCCUGUUUUCACUCUUUCACCCAUAAAUUAUUCAAGUAAAAACACCACUAUUAGGUAAAGGAGAAGAAUAGGACGUGGACAUAAUCAGAUUAUUAUUAUUUUGAAAAGUUUUUGGUAGGAAUGGGUGGGAGGGGAAGGUUCAAAGAAACUACACAAACCAUCCCUACACGUUUCUUUGUUUUCUCCGACAAUUUUUUUCAAUUUAAUUUUCUUAUUAUUUUUUAAAUGCUAAUUAAUCUCAUUUGAAAUUUUCAAGAUUGUCUUACUGAUACUCUGUAUUGAAGAAAGCAGCGGCAAAGGACUUUGGUCCGUUGAUUCUGAUCUGGGUUUUCCUUUUUUAGGCCAUUUUGUACCGCUUUUCAAGCUUUUCAAUGAGGGAUUUGAUUAAUGGUCAACUUUGAAAUCUUGGUGGUUUGAAUGGAUUAAUAUGUUUGGUGAAUAAUUCUGAUCUGGGUUGUUGUUUUCGGAUCUAUAGAGUUGGUUGUAACUUGUAUUGAGGCAGUUAGUUUCAUUUGACAACACUAUCUGUUGUUGAAUCAGGUUGAAGAAGGUUUCUCAUAUUGAAUUUGCAUUUAUUUUUUCCGCGAAUUGAAUUGGUUAGUAAGCAAAUUUGAUUAUAGGAGUUUUAGGAUUGGAUUAAUUUGAUUCAUAUUCAUUAUUACUUAUUUGAUUUAUCAAAUAAAGCUAAGUUGAAUAAAGUCAUGGAGCAAGUAGGGCCAUUUGGUGAUGGGGAGGGAGAAGAAAAUGAUAGAAUAAACUCUGGGGCAACUCGUCAUAUGGAAUCCCGGAUGUACCAACAUAGGCAGUUUCCAGGUAUGGUGAGACAAAAAGCGUAUAUAUUUGAUGGAGUAGGGAACUAUUAUAUUAAGGAAUGGGACCUUACAGAAGGAAUAGGCAAUGAAUUUUGUUGGUACCAUGUUGAGCUUCCAAAAGGAAACCAAAAACUUGCUCAAUCUGCACAAUACCUUAUAGAUGUUCUUUGUCCACCAUUGAAGCUUCAAGACAUUCUUUCACUUGUCAGCAAUGGACCAUUUUGUGGUCAUGUUGACGGGGCACUUGUGUUUAGAGUUAAUUCACAUGGUCCUGCCUCUAGCAAAUUCACAUUUAGAAUUGCUGCUAGAGUUACACAGAAUUCAGUGAUUACUGUGUCUUUGGGUCGUGUUCCUAGGCUGGGUUUCUCACCUAUGGGUCAUUCUCUUCUUUCGGAGAUUCCAAGUGUGGAGAGCACCUCAAAUAAUAAAGAUGAGCCAAAGGAAGGAAGUGGGAUUGUAAUAAGGGAGCAUGUCCUUGAAUUCUUGUUGACAAUGAAUCAUUCUGAAGAAGCUGAUAAUCCAGUUCCAAGAUCUGUCUCGAAUCUUGUUGUUCACAUUGUUGACACGCACAUAGAUCACCUUCAAGAUGUUGUGACUAAAACAGAGAUUGAGCUGGAUUCUGUGGAGCUUGAAUUGGAUAAAGGUCAGUCAGGUUAAAACAAUCUAUGGCUUACCCUACAUACUAUAAAUCAUUGCAUAUCUUGUGAUCAGAUUAUUUUCUACAGAAACUUACUGCUUUUUUUGGUCAUUAAGAUUUUAAGAAAAAACUCUUAGGUUUCAUGCUCCUCUUAGUGUAAUGUUUGCUCGGCAUA